ACCACAUAAACCAAACACCUAACCACACUUCCUUCCUUCAACUGUUCACUGUACACACAAAACUGCUGUAGGGGCCACCACCACGCACGAGAAUAAGCCCACAUACAGAUAAAGACCCAGCAAAGAGAAGGAAAAAAUGGAGCUUGUGGUCCUAACUCAUCGACCCUCUUUCCUUUACUCGGGUCUCGUGCUUGUGUCUCCGUCUCUUUCUCUCUCACUGUUUUGCUCUUUUAUCUCUCUUUAACACUUAAUACUUGUGGAAAAGUAUAUGUUUUUUUUUUUUUUGUUAUUGUUAAAGGUUUUAGUUUUGUUGGAAGAUGAAAGCAAGAGAGAAACAAAAGAUAGGGAAGGCAGAUGUGCAGUCUGAUGAUGAUGGAUGCAAGCGGCAAUUUGGUGGGUCUACGGAGGAUGAUGAUGAUGAUAAGAAAUGGAAGGGCCUGGUCGUCCGUGGUGUUGAUGGUAGUGGGUCUGGGAGGAAGGGGUCAACUGCUGCUACUGUUGGUGUUGGUGCUAUGAAGUGUUGUCAGGCAGAGAAGUGUACGGCUGACCUGAGUGAUGCAAAGCAGUAUCAUAGGAGGCAUAAAGUGUGUGAACAUCAUUCCAAGGCUCAGGUUGUGCUUGUGGCUGGAAUUAGGCAGCGCUUGUGUCAACAAUGUAGCAGAUUCCAUGAGCUCUCUGAGUUUGACGAAGCCAAAAGAAGUUGUCGCAAGCGUUUGGCUGGGCAUAAUGAGCGACGGAGGAAGAACGCCAUUGAAACUCAUGGAGAAGGCUCAGGCCGCGAAAGAACAGGCACCCAGUUGAAGCAUAUGAUCUGUGGCCAGGUUGAUGACGGGGGAAGAAUUAAGUUGACUAUCCAAGAAAAUUCCACUUGCAAACAUUUUCAGAUCAGAUGAUCGCUAAAUUGUUUGCUCUGAAACAUGCAUGCUCUCUCUCUUCUGUCAUCCUAGGGAUGUAAUGCUAGUUGUAUUAACAUUCUGUGUUAUUUAUGUAUUAAAGAUUUGUAUUUAGGUCAAAUAGACGAGUCAACAGCAGUCAGACAUCCAUAUAUCGGAAUGCUAUUGGCUUACCCAGUUUACUCAGUUAUGCACGAAAUGCUUAUCCUGCUAGGCUAGAAUUUUGUCGCAUGUGCUUCCUUCACCCUCACCAUGCCUUUUACUCAUUAUCUAUUAUCAUUAUAGUCAAAUUUUUUAAAGGGAAAUCAUGUUAAAAUCAACUUGUCUGCAAGAGAU